ACCUGUUGUCAACAAGGACAAUUACAAUUUCAUUUCUCUUUCCCACCUUUAACUAACACUAUGAGCGGCAUUUUAGUUCCAUCAGCAAAUCGUUUACGUUUCCUUUGUUUAUGUGGACUAGCCAUAUCGAUAUAUUCUCUAUAUAUUAAGAUUCAGUUGGAUAACAAUGAGAACUAUAGAGCAAUGUGUGAUAUAGCAGAGCAAAUAAGUUGCACAGCUGUCUUCAAAUCUGAUUAUGGACGAGGCUUUGGUCUUACCCGGCUGAUAUUUGGCUCAUCUUCAACUUUUUUAAAUCCACCAAAUGGAGCAAUUGGUUGUGUUUAUUAUUUUUUAUUCUUGGCCAGUUCCUUCUAUGAAUGCCGCUGGCUUUGCAUAUUUCAACUUGUGAUCUCCAUUUUAACCUUGAUUCUAUGCUGCUACUUGGGUGGACUUUUACUCUUUGUGCUUUACGAUUUGUGUAUAGUUUGUGUAAUUAUCUAUGUAAUACAUGUUUUACUCCUCUGGCAAGUCUUUGGACGCUAUAAACAUUUAUACCUGAGAAAGUUGGCAACUGAAUGAAUAAAGAUUAUCUGAUGAUCAAGAUGA